AUGGGCCAGCUAAAUAUUAUCAUCACGAUGGUUCUAACUGUAGUUCUGAAUCUGCAAAUCAGUUUUGUCCUUGCUCAUGAGACCAAGGUUUAUGUGGUUUAUCUGGGAAAGAAGACACAUGAUCAUCCGGAGUCUGUCACUGAAUCCCACCAUCAGUUGUUGAGGCCACUUCUUGGAAGCAAAAAAGAAGUCCAUGAUUCAGUAGUGUAUAGUUAUCGACAUGGCUUCUCAGGUUUUGCUGCCAAGCUUACAGAGUCCCAAGCCCAGCAAAUUUCACAACUGCCUGAAGUAGUACAUGUCAUACCAAAUACACUAUACGAACUGACAACAACCAGAACUUGGGAUUACUUGGGCUUGUCUCCGGGCACUUCAAAGAGUCUUCUACAUAAGGCCAACAUGGGAAGCCAAGUAAUCGUUGGAGUCAUUGACACAGGAGUGUGGCCAGAGUCUGAAAUGUUUAAUGACAAAGGCUAUGGACCCAUUCCUAGCCGUUGGAAAGGUGGUUGUGUAUCUGGAGAACUCUUCAACGCCUCGAUUCAUUGCAAUAAAAAGCUGAUAGGAGCAAAAUACUUUGUUGAUGGCCUUGUUGCCGAAAUUGGAGUCUUGAACACAACAGAGAACCCAGAGUACCUUUCCCCGAGAGACUUUAACGGUCAUGGCACGCAUGUUGCCUCAACCGUUGGUGGUUCUUUUCUUCCUAAUGUAAGCUACUUAGGCCUCGGAAGAGGAACUGCAAGAGGUGGUGCUCCGGGUGUUUAUUUAGCUAUUUAUAAGGCGUGCUGGUCUCAAAUAGGAUGUUCAGGUGCUGAUCUCUUAAAAGCAAUCGACCAAGCUAUUCAUGAUGGUGUUGAUGUUUUGUCACUCUCUUUGGGAUCCCCGAAUAUUCCUUUAAAUCUAGAAACUGAUGUGAACCUUUUUGCUAUGGGAUUAUUCCACGCGGUAGCAAAGGGCAUUCAUGUCGUAGCUUCAGCUGGUAAUAAUGGCCCUGCGGCUCAGACCAUUGCCAAUGUAUCUCCUUGGAUCUUGACGGUGGCUGCAACUACUCUAGACCGUUCCUUUCCCACAGCCAUCACACUUGGAAACAAUAUAACAACACUGGGUCAAGCAAUCUUUGCUGGUCCAGAACUCGGUUUUGUUGAUCUUACUGACCCAGAGAGACCACUUUCCGGUGACUGCGCCGAGCUCCGGGCUAAUCCCAAUAAAACAAUGCAAGGAAAAGUUGUGUUAUGUUUCACAGCAGAUUUAAAUCCCACCUCUAUGGCUGUAGUAAAUGCUGUAACCGCAGUAAGUAAUGCAGGUGGUCUCGGGGUAAUUAUUGCAAGAAAUCCAACCUACUCGCUUAUUCCAACUCCUAACUUUCCAUGUGUUAUGGUAGACUUUGAGCUCGGAACUGACAUUCUUUUCUACAUACGCUCCACUAGAUCUCCCAUUGUAAAGAUACAUGCUUCAAGAACACUUGUUUCACACCACGUGGCGACAAAGGUAGCAACUUUCUCAUCAAGAGGACCCAAUUCAAUAUCUCCAGCCAUUCUUAAGCCAGAUAUAGCAGCACCUGGCGUGAACAUAGUAGCAGCAAACAGAACUGGAGUUGUUAUGAGGUCAGGAACAUCAAUGGCUACUCCUGUUGUUACAGGUGUUGUAGUGCUACUCAAAUCAUUAUACCCUCAUUGGUCUCCUGCUGCUGUCAGAUCAGCUAUUGUCACCACAGCAUGGAAAACUGAUCCAUCCGGGGAGCCCAUUUUCGCAGACGGGUCAAGCCGCAAGCUAGCAGACCCGUUUGAUUACGGAGGAGGCCUUGUGAAUCCAGAAAAAGCUGCAAGACCAGGUCUCAUAUACGACAUGACCAUUGCUGACUAUGUCUCGUACUUAUGCUCUACUUAUUACAAUAACGUCUCCAUUUCCCAAGUCCUCGAAAAGAAAACAGUAUGUCCUAACCCAAAGCCUUCUGUUCUUGAUCUAAACUUGCCAUCCAUCACAAUACCGAACCUCAAAGACGAGGUCACUCUCACUAGAACCGUCACUAAUGUUGGACCACUCAACUCGAUAUACAAAGUUAUGAUCGAUCCUCCAAUCGGCGUUAGUAUGACCGUGACACCUGAUACGCUAGAGUUUAGCUCUACGACCAAAAUAGUUUCUUUUAAAGUGAGAGUUUCGACUAGGCACAAAGUAAAUACUGGCUAUUACUUUGGAAGCUUGACAUGGACUGACAGUGUGCACAAUGUGGUCAUCCCGGUAUCUGUGAGAACCCAGAUCUUCCAGCGAUACUACGAUGAGAACUGAUGUAAGCGAAAUGCAUAUUUGUGAGAAAACAAGUACUAUACUUUAUUGUUGUGUUGAUGUGUAUGUAAGGCAUAAUGCUGAUGAAUAAAUAAUACUAUUCUGUGUAAACGGUUGUUAAUUCAUCCGUAAAUAACAUUGUCAUAAGCACUCUGAAUAUUAAUCGGUCUGAUUAUUUUGCAAUA